CCGCCGACCAUGCCGCUGGAUCACCGCCGCCUGUGCGGCCCGGAGGAGUCGCAGCCGCCCUCUCUGUGGGCAGCGCUCGCGGCCGAGGAUGAGGACGAGGAGGGCGCGGGGGCCGCGCCGCGGGACCCCUGCUCUUUGCGGCCGCUGUUCGCGCGGGCCGGGCUGCUGAGCCAGGCUCAGGGCUCGGCCUACGUGGAGCUGGGCAGCGGCACCAAGGUGCUCUGCGCCGCCUGGGGCCCGCGGGAGGCGGCCGAGCCCGGGCCGGGCCGGCUGCUGUGCGAGUUCCGCCGGGCGCCCUUCGCGGGCCGCGGGGCGCGGGGCCGGCCGGGCGGGCUGGCGGAGCGGGAGGCGGAGCGGGAGGCGGCGGCGGCGCUGCGGGAGGCGCUGGAGCCGGCGGUGCGGCUGGGCCGGUACCCGCGGGCCCGCCUGGCCGUCAGCGCGCUGCUGCUGCAGGACGGCGGCUCGGCCCUGGCCGCCGCCGUCAGCGCCGCCGCCCUGGCGCUGGCGGACGCCGGCGUGGAGAUGUACGACCUGGCCGUGGGCUGCGCGCUCUGCCGCCCGCCCGCCGCCACAGCCGCCGCCUGGAUGCUGCAGCCCGCGGAGCCCGAGGAGCGCCGCGCCGCCGCCCGCCUCACGCUCGCCCUGCUGCCCGCCCUCAACCAGGUGUCGGCCGUGCUGGGCGGCGGCCAGGGCGGCCCCCCCGAGGACUGGGCGCAGGCCCUGCGGCUCGGCCUCGACGGCUGCCACCGGCAGUACCCGGUGCUGCGGCAGAGCCUCCUGCGGGCCGCCCAGCGCCGCGAUGCCGCCGCUGCCGCCACCGCCGCCGCUGCCUCUGUGGCCUGAGCGCCCGCGAGACCCGGGUGCCCCGGUCUGGGGAUGGGAUCGUCUCCCAGAGCCCGUCCAAGCUGCCUUCGGUGCUGCCAGAGACCCCUGGAGCCUGCCUGAUCAGCGCCUCGCUGUUGGGGAUUGAAAUAAGUUUGCUUUUAGAACAUUAGAAGUUUAUUAAGUUUAAUUCUAACUACUGGAGACCACCACGGACCCAGCUUGUUCCACACCUCAUGCUGCCAGAGACCCCGGACCCAGCCUGUUCCAUGCCUCGUGCUGCUGGAGACCCCGUGAGCCAACCCUCGUGCUGCUGGAGCCCCCCAAAACCAGCCUCCAUACUGUCUCAGCAGCCAGAGCCUGCCUGAGACUUCCCUUCAAGCAGCUGCUGGCACUGCGGGACCCCCACGUCUCACCAUGGGGUGGCCCCGGCACCAGGCUGAGACCCUCACACCGAGCUCCCCACCACAACCAUCUGUGCAGGCAGGGUUCAGUCACCCCUGGGCAGGAACCACACCGUGGCAUGGACUGCACAUCCCUUGGGCCUCUUGCCCGGGCAGUGCUUCAGGGCAGCAGAGUUGUGUUUUGUUGGCUUUUUUUCAUAGUAAUAAAUCAUUUAUUUUCUGGUGAGU